AGGCACCACCCUCUCUAUCUUCCCGUUUUUUGAUUUUCCCUCAGCUCCUCAUCGUCCACGUCAUCACUCAUUUCACUCCACGUGUACUUUUAUAUUCAGCUUUACCACGUCAUCUUCUCCCCCAAAACCAAACCCAAACCAAAAAUCACUUCACUGCUUCGUCUCAAAUUUCCAGUUCUCUUAAUCAAUUCUACUUAUCUCAUCCAGAUGGCUAAUAAAAUUCAAAAACUCUGCUUCUAGGUGGAGCUAUGUACUGCGAUUUUUUGAGUUCCAAAGGAGGUCUAGUCACUGUUUCAGUAGUGUUUCAAUGAUGACUGAUAGAAACGAGAAGCUGGUGGAGGGGCAAGAGGCGAAUGGCCACUUGCAAGAUGUGUCUGCGAGGGAUGGAGUUGGGAAUUCUGGUGGCGGAACAAGUAAAUUUGGAGGUGAAGGGUCAGGGAUAAACAAAACUGGAGAUGUGAAAGAUGGAUCUGAAGGUGGUAUGCAAGUAUUUGAACAACAGCGAUCUCAGGGUUCAUCAGUUAACUGGGAAAGAUUUCUUCAUGUUAGAACCAUCAAGGUCCUGCUAGUGGAAAAUGAUGAUUCUACACGUCAUGUUGUUGCUGCACUUCUCCGCAAUCUUAGUUAUGAAGUAAUGGUAGCAGCUAAUGGAGUGCAAGCUUGGCGUAUUUUAGAAGAUCUAUCAAAUCAGAUAGACAUUGUUUUGACUGAGGUGGUGAUGCCCAGUUUAUCUGGGGUUGGUCUUCUGUGCAGAAUCAUGAGUCAUAAGAUGCGGAAGAAUAUCCCUGUGAUUAUGAUGUCAUCGCAUGACUCCAUGGGUUUGGUUUUUACGUGUUUGUCGAAAGGUGCAGUUGAUUUUUUAAGUAAACCUAUUCGAAAGAAUGAGCUAAAAAAUCUUUGGCAGCAUAUCUGGAGGAGGUGUCACAGUUCUAGCGGUAGUGGGAGUGAAAGUGGUACAUACACUCAAAAAUCCGUCAAAUCAAGAAGUGGUCUAAAAUCUGAGAGAAGCAGGAGUAUGAGCACUGGUUCAGAGACUGAUGGCAUUGAUGAGGACAGUGACAGUCAGAGUUCUUGGACUAAAGGGGUUGAUAGCUCUCAAGCUAUGUCUGCAAGGGAUCAAAGAACUAAAAGCUCAGACAGUACUUGUGCACAACUAUGCUCAAACGCAGAAACUGGUACUGAAACAAUGGCGCCUGCGAUUAGAUAUAAAGAAUACAAAGAAGAUGAUGAACAAUUUGAUAAUGUUCGUCAACGAAAAGACUUGGCAAUUGGCAAAUCUAAUAUGGUCGAAUUACAACUGAACAAUCCAAACGAGGUUCCAUUCAAAUCCGCAGAUACAAACAAGCUAAGUUAUUCAAAUCCAAAUAAGACGAGAAGAGGUAAAGAUCUGGUAAACCACAGCGGGCAUCCAUCUAACAAGGAUAAGGCUAUUAUUACCAAUAAUCCUUCUCUACAAAUGAAUAGUGAAGAUCUUGCCAAAACUCGUAAAGGAAAGAAUAAGGCCCUUGAUAAUCCUAAGGAUGAACCAGAGAUUGAGCUUAACUUAAAGCGGCCAAGAGUUGCUAAAGAUAUUGGGAAAGCUAUUGAAACUGACCACAAUGUUUCAAGACAUUCAGACCUUUCAGCCAUCUCAAGGAUCAAUGCAACCUUAAAUGGUUGUAAGACGCGUGAUGGGAUCAAUGUAAGUGGUUCUCUAGAAACUGUGAAAAACGAAUCUGAUAUUCGAGUUUGUCCGAAAGGGAAUAUUUUCUGUCCAAGUCCAGGGGGGGUAAACCAUAAUGUAGAUAUGGGUUCCGUGACUGACAAACUUUCUAUCAAUCCAGCAGUAAUCUCGAGAGAUAAGCCUCAGCAAAUCAUACUGGUUAAAACUGAUGAUUUGGCAUCCCCGGCUUUGCUGACUCCAAUCAGAGGUUCACCGCGGGAGCUUCCGAUCCAGCAUAUCCAUCAUCAUCACCAUGUGCAUCAUUUCCACAAUAUCGAUAGAGAACAGCCACUAUCUAAUAACGAGGAUCUGUCAUAUAAGAAACUAACUGAAGAGUCUGCACAAUUGAGGUCAUUAAAUGUCUUUGUUGGACCUGUUGAAGGUAAUCCUGGAAAUUGCAGCUUGAACAAGAGUGGUUCAGGCAGUAAGCAUGGAAGCAAUGGUCAGAAUGGAAGCAGCACCGUCGUGCAUGCUGGAGGAACAAAUGUAGAAAGUGAUAUUCACAUAGCAGGAAAAAGUGGAAGUGGUGAUGCUAGUGAGAGUGGCAGCGGAAAAAGAAUGGAUCAAAGCAGAUCUGGACAUAGAGAAGCCUCCUUGAUCAAGUCUAGACAAAAGGAGCCUCGAUUUGGCAACAAGGCCCGCUACCAGCACAAGAAGAGAUGCGGAGAGUAAUGGUAGUAAUGGCCGUGUUUACAUGUGCAAGAUGCUAGGCGAGCAAAAACUGACCAUUUAUAGCAACUAAUGUAUUUAAAAGGAAAAGAUGUAUAUGAAGGGAUUACUCUUAAAGGUUUACUAAGAACUUGAAGUGUCGGAAAUACUUGACUUGUGGUAUGAUGAUAAUGACAUUUUAAACUUCCUCCUUUCCCAUCUCCCCUCAUUUGUGUGUAGACCUUGCUUGCUCAUACAAACACACACAGUUUCUGUAAUAUUUAUAUGAAAGUUUCUGUUUAGAUGGUAUA